ACAAUAUUUAAUUCAAUUCUAUCAACUAGUGGACCAAACCUAAAUCUUUUAUAUUAAUUUCAUAUUUUCUCUUCUCCAAUUCUCCUAACUACUUUUACUUUUUACAUUUUUUAAUUCUUCCACCUACCCCACUACCUCCAUAUUUUAGUACUUUCAUCAACUUCUCCUAAAUCUCCACGUAUAGAGAAAUAUAACAAGUAUUUAAAAAUGGAUGGAGUAUCAGUUAUGCCUUAUAAAUCUGUGUAUUCAUAUUUUAUACUCAUAUGCUUUUAUGGAAACACUCAAUGAACAAUCUGUGUGAAAAGGAUAAUAAAGGUUAUGAUGCUUUAAAAUUUAUAAAAAUAAUUGACGAGCCCCACCUAAAAUAAAGUUUUAUCUAGAAAUAGAGGGAGUUUAUCGUCACAAACUUUAAUUAUUCCGUGUAUAUUAUCAAUAUUCUAUUACCUCGAAAAUUUUCAAAUUAAUGGUCACACUGAAGGAAAAUUUUAAUCCUAAGAGGACCAUAUAAUAUUACAAUCAUUAUCACUAUCAACUUUAAGGCUAUGACGUAUAACACCUAACCCAACCUUAUAUGAGUUAUUGUAUCAUUUCAACUUGCAACUGUACAUACUAUAUUUAUUCGAAUACACAAUUUUGUUCAUAUUUUCCCACUAUUAUCUUAUUCAUUCUAAUAUGUAUAUGAAGAGGCAACUUUUUGUUUCGACCUUAAUAUUGGGUGUUCUAUACCAACUUUUAAGUAGUGUUUAUGCGGUGGUUGUCUUUGAGUAUAAUUGGUGUUCUCCCAAUUAUGGUAAUUACACCCAAGGAAGUGUCUACCAUCAAAACCUUAAUCAUCUUUUUUCAAACCUCUCAUCUCAAACUUUGUCUCGUCGAUUUUAUAACACCACUAGUGGCGAUUAUCCUAACAAAGUGUAUGGAAUCUAUCAAUGUCGAGAAGAUUUUACCCUAGAGGUAUGCAACCAGUGUAUCGAUGAUGCAACACAAAAAAUUACAGAAAUGUGCCCUUUAUAUGUCGAAAGUAUAGUGUGGUACGAUGAAUGUAUGUUACGGUAUGCAAACCGUUCCAUAUUCUCUUUGAGCGAGACAUCUCCAUCUUCUGAUGCAUGGUAUACGGAUACUGUCCCUAACUACGAGGAAUUUGUCCCGGUGAUAGAGAAGACGACGAAGGCCAUUAUUAGUCAAGCUGCUCGUACUACUGCUCGAGGACAUUUUGCUAGCACAUAUGCCAAUUAUACGUCGAUCCAUAGAGUGUACAACUUUGCUAUGUGCACCCCCGAUAUAGAUGAGGUCGAAUGUAAGAAUUGCUUAUUGAUUGCUUCAAAAAAGUUAUCUACAUAUUAUAACGAAAGUAAGGGGGUGACGAGCUUCUUACCUAGCUGUCAAUUAGGCUAUGAUACCGCGAUUAAUCAGAUGACGCAUGUACCACUGACUCCAGACCAAGCUCAAGCUCCCGGUCAACCUCCAAGUCCGGCUCCAACGGUUACCUUCGAAGUUUACGAGUGUUCUUCAACAAAUGGUAAUUACACCAACGGAAGUGCCUACCAACAUAAUCUCAAUCGCCUUUUUUCGAGUCUAUCCACCAAGACAUUUACUCGGAGGUUUUACAACACCACUACCGGCAAUUUUCCAAGCAAAGUGUAUGCAAUCUAUCAAUGUCGAGAGGAUCUAGGCUUAGACAUUUGUAGUGAGUGUACCAAAGAAGCAACAAAAAAAAUUACGCAAUUAUGUCCAUUUUAUAGUGAAGCUAUUGUAUGGUACGACGAAUGUAUGUUAAGGUAUGCAAACCGUUCUAUUUUCUCCUUGAGCGAGACAAAUCCAUCAAGGGCGUCAUGGUACGAUGGUAUAGUCUCGAACUAUGACAAGUUUGGUCCAUUAGUGGAAAAAACAAUGAAUAACAUGGUAACUGAAGCUUCUAGUGUCACUUCUCGAGGACAUUUUGCUAACACAUACGCCGAUUGGACAUUGAUCGAUAGGAUGUACUGCUUCGCUAUGUGCACUCGCGAUAUAGAUGAGUUUGGUUGUAAGAACUGCUUGAGUACUGGUAUAUCAGAAAUAUCUGGAUAUUAUAACAUAAGUAAAGGGGUGACAGUGUUCUAUCCAAGCUGUCAAUUAGGUUAUGAUACGAAACUCGAUCAAAUGAAACAUGUACCACUUGUACUAGCUCCAGCUCCAGCUCCUGCUCAAGCUCAAGACCAAAUUCAAGAUGAAGAGAUUGUUGGUGUAGAGUCAUUGCAAUUCAAUUUCAAGACAAUAAGAGAUGCAACAGAUAACUUUUCCGAGCAUAAUAAACUUGGCCAAGGUGGAUUUGGUAGCGUUUACAAGGGAAAGCUUCGAGAUGGACAAGAAAUCGCUGUGAAAAGGUUGUCAACAUGCUCAGGGCAAGGCAGUACAGAGUUUAAAACGGAGAUUCUUUUAGCAGCAAAACUCCAACAUAAUAAUUUAGUUAAACUCUUGGGGUUUUGUUUACAUGGAGAAGAAAAGUUACUUGUGUAUGAAUUACUGCCUAAUGCAAGUCUCGACAAAGUACUAUUCGGCCAAAACGAGCAUCCAUCACUAGAUUGGGAAAUCCGCUUCAAGAUCUUACUUGGGACUGCUCGGGGACUCUUAUACCUUCAUGAAGAUUCGAGGUUGAAGAUUAUACAUCGUGACCUAAAACCAAGCAAUAUUCUCUUAGACGAAUAUAUGAACCCAAAGAUAUCAGAUUUUGGAUUGGCAAGACUUGUUGGAAGGGAACAAAUGCAUGUUGAUACGAGUAAAGUUGCUGGAACAUAUGGAUAUAUGGCUCCGGAGUAUGCCUUGACAGGGCGUUUCUCACUUAUGUCAGAUGUCUAUAGUUUUGGAGUAAUAGCUUUGGAGGUAGUAAGUGGUCACAUGUGUAGUUCAACCGUCUUCCCUUAUCAUGAAGACAGUCUAUUAAUACGAGCUUGGAAACUAUGGAAAGAAAACGCAAUUUUAGACUUGGUGGAUCCUAGACUUAAUACCAACUAUCCAACCGAUGAAAUGACUAGACACAUUCACCUUGGUUUACUUUGUAUACAAGAAGAUGCAAACAAGAGACCGACAAUGGCUACGAUUGUCUCGGUUCUCAAGGGCCACAAAGUGGCUCUUUCUGAACCCGAACCACCCUUGAUCGGUCUAUCAACAAACGUUACAUUUGGGUUGAAAAAAAAUGUGGGUACAUCAUCUUCCAACGAGUUUCAUUCAAAUAUCGACGACAUAACAGAAGUUUAUCCUCGAUAGCGCAAGGUACACCACCAAAAAAAGGCUAGAAUCAUAAUUAUCAUAUUUAUAUUCAGGUUGUUACAUGAUGAUAUUAAACAUCACACACAUCAACUUAUAAAAAUCUUCAUCUUGCUCGAAUACUUUUUUUUUUUCUUUGAAGAAAUCUUCUUUCUCGAAACCUUAUCAAAGCUUAAAUUUAGUCUAGCAAAUCAUUG